AUGGCCCAGGAUGCGCGCCGGGGGUCGAUGCGCGCCACUCCUGCCGGACUCCUGCUGCUCACCCUUUCCCUCAUCUGCGGUCAGUCUGCUACUCUCAUGUUGCAAAGUCUCUCAGUUGUGUUCAGUUCGUGCCAUAUUUUGAAGCUCUCGGGUUCAUGGCUUUCUUCCCGUUCCCUCCUUUCUGCUUGCGUCUGUUUCCCACCUCCUUAUAGCUUUCACUCCUUUAACGACACAUUUUGCUCUCUCAAUCUGCUCUCUCAAUCUGCUCUCUCAAUCUGCUCUCUCAAUCUGCUCUCUCAAUCUGCUCUCUCAAUCUGCUCUCUCAAUCUGCUCUCUCGAUCUGCUCUCUCAAUCUGCUCUCUCAAUCUGCUCCCUCAAUCUGCUCUCUCAAUCUGCUCUCUCAAUCUGCGCUCUCAAUCUGCUCUCUCAAUCUGCCCUCUCAAUCUGCUCUCUCAAUCUGCUCUCUCAAUCUGCUCUCUCAAUCUGCUCUCUCAAUCUGCUCUCUCAAUCUGCUCUCUCAAUCUGCUCUCUCGAUCUGCUCUCUCAAUCUGCUCUCUCAAUCUGCUCUCUCAAUCUGCUCUCUCAAUCUGCUCUCUCAAUCUGCUCUCUCAAUCUGCGCUCUCAAUCUGCUCUCUCAAUCUGCCCUCUCAAUCUGCUCUCUCAAUCUGCUCUCUCAAUCUGCCCCCUCAAUCUGCUCUCUCAAUCUGCUCUCUCAAUCUGCUCUCUCAAUCUGCUCUCUCAAUCUGCCCCCUCAAUCUGCUCUCUCAAUCUGCUCUCUCAAAUCUGCUCUCUCAAUCUACUCCUUUAAUCUGCUCUCUCAAUCUGCUCUCUCAAUCUGCUCUCUCAAUCAAUCUGCUCUCUCAAUCUGCGCUCUCAAUCUGCUCUCUCAAUCUGCCCUCUCAGUCUGCUCUCUCAAUCUGCUCUCUCAAUCUGCCCCCUCAAUCUGCUCUCUCAAUCUGCUCUCUCAAUCUGCUCUCUCAAUCUGCUCUCUCAAUCUGCCCCCUCAAUCUACUCUCUCAAUCUGCUCUCUCAAUCUGCUCUCUCAAUCUGCUCUCUCAAUCUGCCCCCUCAAUCUGCUCUCUCAAUCUGCUCUCUCAAUCUGCUCUCUCAAUCUGCUCUCUCAAUCUGCCCCCUCAAUCUGCUCUCUCAAUCUGCCCCCUCAAUCUGCUCUCUCAAUAUUUACAUCGGCCUCGUUACAGCGGUUCAGCUAACGAAGGCAGCAUAUGGCGACGACACGAUCGUGCCUGUGCUGCAUUGCGCU